UCAUUGCGAUAAAAAUAUCUUUAUUGUGGUGGAUCAUGUUUGGGUAGGAGGGAUCGUUUUACCCCACUGGGCAAGCCUUGUGGGCAGCAGAUGAGCCAGAGAGGCGUGUGUGUGUGUGUGUGUGUGCAUGCAGCUCCAGCAGCCAGCUUUGCUUUAAGUGUUUGUGCACGCUCCACUCCAACAGCUCGUCUCUCCUCUCUGCUCCAGAUGAUGCCUUGGAUUUAGCCGCAACACACAUGAGUGAUAUGAGUAACGCACUGGACGGAAUACACACUUCGGGAAGCCUCAGUGAGAAAGCAGAGAUUUGUCAAAGCACCAAGGGUAAUGUGAGUGGCUUUUCCCACCCAGCCCUCAUCUCUCUGCGUCCUCUCUUCUUAUCACCAAAUGCCCAGAAGAACACGGCCACAGUCUGCAAAUGGAACAGGAGCAAUAAAGGAGAGGAUUCAGUGGCUUCACCUGUUCCAAAACCUUUUCCUGAACCUCUUCCCCUGGCAGUCUCACACAGUUGCUGUGAAUGCUUGCUACCUUGGACCAAAGCUAGUGAAGCUCAGGUAAUUAAAGUUUAUAAUGAGGAUAACACAAGCAGAGCUGUAGAGGUUCCCAGUGACAUCACUGCUCGGGACGUCUGCCAGCUGUUUGUCUUGAAGAACCACUGCAUUGAUGACCACAGCUGGACUCUGUUCGAACAUCUGUCCCAUCUAGGCAUAGAGAGAAGCAUUGAGGACCAUGAGUCCGUUUUGGAGGUGCUAUCCGGCUGGGGGAUGGACACAGACAGCCGGCUCUAUUUUAGGAAGAAUUAUGCGAAAUAUGAAUUCUUCAAAAAGCCUCUGGACUUUUUCCCAGAACACAUGGUCUCUAUAUCAAGUGAAGCCAACGGGAUAACAAAUCCCUCUCAGCUCAUACAGACCUUUCUCAACUCCAGCACCUGUCCAGAGAUCCACGGUCACCUCCACGCCAAAGAGCAAAGCAGGAAGUCCUGGAAGAAGUUUUAUUUUGUCAUGCGGCGGUCAGGACUUUACUUCUCCACUAAGGGAACAUCCAAGGAACCACGACAUCUGCAGUUUAUUGUGGACUUCAGCGACAGUGAGGUUUACACACUGUUGUCAGCCAAAAAACUACACGGCGCACCAACAGAUUACGGCUUCUGUGUCAAGUCCUCACAGUGUAAUUCUGCCCGGGACCUGAAGCUGCUUUGUGCAGACGAUGAGCAGACGAGGACCUGCUGGAUCACAGCGAUGCGUUUGUUAAAGUAUGGGACGCAACUAUACCAAAAUUUCAUUCAACCUCACCAGAAACAAAAAGCGUCACCAAUGAGAAGCACCUCCGAGAACUCCCUGGUGGCGAUGGACUUUUCAGGCCAAAAGAGUCGGGUGAUCGAGAACCCAUCUGAGGCUCUGUCUGUGGCAGUGGAGGAAGGGUUAUCAUGGAGGAGGAAAAGUGUCCACCGACUGAGCUCCCAUGGGAGUCCGCAGAGCUCCGUGUCAAACAUAGCUCUCCAUUUGGCUCAGCCCUGGUUCCACAGUAAACUGUCUCGGGACGAAGCUCAGCGCCUGAUCACACAGCAGGGUCUUAUUGAUGGAGUAUUCCUUCUGAGGGACAGCCAAAGCAACCCCAAGACAUUUGUUCUCUCCCUGUGCCACAUGCAGAGGAUCAAACACUUUCAAAUCUUGCCCGUAGAUGAUGAAGGGGAGGUCUUCUACAGUCUGGAUGAUGCUCACACGCGGUUUACUGACUUGAUCCAGCUGGUGGACUUUUACCAGCUAAACCGCGGGGUGCUGCCCUGCAAGCUCAAACACCACUGUGUUCGGAUCACACUGUAAACGCGGGGGUCCCUGAGGGGCCCCUGAGGGACUUCUGAGGGUCAACCUGCACCUUAACUCCUCGACCUUCCUGGACAAGCACUCCCACCGCUCUCGUGCCUUGAAGAAGAAGAGGGACGCGGCCGAUAACUGAACGGACACGCCCAUUGAAACCACCUGAGUCACCGUGUGCUAACUGGCCUCAUUUUUUUAUUUUCAGAAAAAAAUGUGAAAUCAACAAAUAAACAAAAUAAUUAGAGAUGCUGAAAAUAUUGCUGCAUGAUGUAAUGCACAUGAGUCAUUUUAUGGACCCAGAGGUGGUGGAAAAAUCCCAAGUAUUAUCCCAAAUUUGGAUUUCUAUUAUAUGAAAUCCAAGUUAAACUUUUACGGUAUCCUGUGUGAUGUUGUGCUGAAUGCAUACAGCAAAAAGCUCAGUGACAGCGGAUAUGUUUGACUUUUCUUUGAGAACGCGUCACAGCAGUUCUCAUCGCUCUGAACAGUUGAAUUCCAAACAUGUUGUCUAUUUGAAGCCAUGAAAUGCUGGGAAUUUACUACACUAAUCCUCUGUCCAAAUUUACCUCAAAUUAAGCAGUAUUUCUUUUUACUUACCUCCCCCAACACACACAUCACCACCAGAGUUAUAUUUUUUCCUGCAUCUGCCUGUUGGAGUUUUAACCCAUUAACACAAUUACUUGAAAACAAAUGGACUGAUUUUCAUCAGCUGUUCAGAUAGUUCAAUUGAACCGGAAUAGAAUUUUUCUAUAUCCCCCCCCCCCCUUUUUUUGGGGUGUAAUCUGCAAAAGAACCGAAGCAAAGAAACACACAAUCUUAGCCCUUAUUUUGUUAAAGGUUCAUACUGAAAUACAGUUUCUGCAGAACAGUUAUUCAAUCAUGACAGAAAAAUAAAACAAUGUUUAAAUUAUUUAUGAUAAAGCGUGCUAAAAUAUUAAAGAUAUCCUGUGAGUACCAUUUACCUUUAAAACAAUAGUUUAGGAUGGAUUAUCCCAUGGUUUUACAAAAACAUUGUUUUGAUCAAUUCAUUAUUCAUUGAUUAUACUAUAGCACUGAAACGCGAAACACUCACUCUUCACCCAUCCCGUGGCAGAUAGAUGGUUAUUUUAGAGAUGUGGUGAUAUGCCAGUUGUCUGCUUGAGUGGUGACCAGCCAAGACACAAGGCAGUUCCGUUUUUUGUCGUGGAUUCGCCAAAGCAGAGUGCCAAUGAAUGCUCCGAGACUUGACUUGAAGAUCAAAAACCACAUUUAACAUUGUUUUGGACUUUUGCACAGCACUGCAUUUAAAAAUAAAUAAAUAAUUGAAAAAUGACAGAGCCAUGUCAUUUUAAACGGUGUUAAAGGUUUUUUGGGACAUUUCAAAAUGAAAUCUGACCCUUUUUUAAAUUCGGCUUUGGAUUUUGGAAGCUUGUAGGACUGUUAC